AUUGUCAUCUCUGGUACGUCGAAACAAAAUCAUUGGCCAGCUAUGCAGUAAAAAUGUGUGAGGCGUAAGUCCGCAUGUGCAGAACAAUAAUUUACAUUGCCCUUUUAGCCAUGUGUGUUUGUACUAUUUAGCUUCGAAAGGACUUGACUUCGAUUUGUCGUAAAGAACGAGGCGCAGCUGUUGCAUACACUUUGUAAGACAAAUGAAGGGAGAGAGAGUUUACUUGUUUCCAUGAUCACAGUUGAACCGACACAGGGGAAAAAAAAUGCCUAGAGCUAAUGUCAUGUCUACGAAUGAAGAAAUAGUCGACUUGUCAUCUAUACUGGAUGAAGUGUUCAAGAAACAAAAUGAAGUUGAAAAACAAGUUGACACAGCAAGGCAGGAUUUGGAAAAAGUGAAACUGCAACAUCAGAAUGAGAAAAAUGAAUAUGAGGGAGUACUUCGAAAGAGAAGAAAUUCUGAGAUGCAGCUAAAUAAUUUAAAAGAAUCAAUUGCUGAUAUAAUGACCUCAUUAGAGAGCCUGUAUGAAAAAACUGAAAAUAUUUCAUUUGCAACAGGUGACAAGCAGUUUCAGCAAGCUAAAGCCAGCUUAAUACUGUCACAUGAAAUGGUUCAUCACAACAAAUAUUAUCAGAUAAUGGAGAAAUACGGUGAUAACCAACUGUCAUCUGCUGCAAAUAUACGUGAUCAAACUCUCUACACAAGGAAGAAACUACUAGAGAACAAAAUUGCUGAGAACAGAAGGCAAGUAAAUAUGAAUUUGCAAACAGAAUCAAAACUGAAAGAAGAAAUACUAAUAUUAAAGAAACGGAACAAUGCUUUGCUUAUUCGUCUCCAGCGACAGUUACAUGAAGCACAGUGCAGAUGCAGCCAAGCAGAAGAAAGAUUAAGUCGUUUGAAAAGGACAUUGGAAGAACAGAAACAUAUCAUUCAGAAGAAUCAGACCCACAAAUAAAAAUCUUUUCACGUGGUCUCAAGUUGUCUUCAGUACAAUGUAUUUCCUCACAACAGCUGCUGAUGCAAUAACAAGAGGAUCCAGUGCUAAUGAUCUUCAGAAUUAGUUUCUAAUUCACUAUAGAGUCUGCAAUAACGCACUAAACUGUUGCUAGAGGGCCAUAAUUGAUUCGUAGGUUCCUGCACCCAUCAGUAACCACUAUCUGUUCAACUACAUUUUUUCUUAGGAACGUAUUGUACUUUGAAUUUCUUUUAAAAUUAUAUAUACUUAAAGGGCUUGUUACAGUUGCUAUGAAUCAGCUAAAAAGAAACUGAAUUAAGAAAACUGAACUUUACUUAUAACCAGAAAUUUUUCUGUUGAAUAUGUAAUUUAAAUUCUUAUUGGGUGUUCACUUGGGUAAGAUCACUGAUAUUGCACAAAUUUUCGUUUGUGAGACUUGCCACCAAAAAUUAAUGCAUGUACCCAGCCAAGAACCUAAGAAGAAUUUCAAUUGAAUUUUGUUGUAUCAAAUAAAAUAUGAAACACGUUAACUGAUAGAUUUUACCCAUCUUGCAGAUCCAAUUUGUGUUAGCUAAUGCUAUUAUAAAGAUAACUGCAGACACACUGUACCUUUGUUCAGAUGUUAAUUCUGUUUCCCUGCGAGUUUAUUCAUUUCCAGUUGUAUUUUUAAUUAAUGCCAAUAAUUUGUUGUUUUUUGUUAAUAAAUAUCACUGAGAAGAAAAAAAGAAA